AUUGGUUUGGAAUCGGGGUUUUCCAACUCCUCUAGGUGAACCCUCCGUGUACACCCAAAGCGCUGAACAUUCGCUUUUCGUCCUCUCAGUUUCGUAAACAACACCCUUGUUGCUGCGAAAAGGCAAUGAGUAGGACUUCCAUGGCAAUGGCUGUAUACGUGUGGCCAUGUGAGAGCAUUUCAAGAGUGAGAGUGGACCCUUCCCACCCUCGGUCGUAUCUGGGCAUUCGGGGGCCAUGUCCCUGUACCUAUUAGAAUAAGACUACUCCGGUUUUAUUAUUUCUAAUUUUAAUCCUUCACUUAUACGGGUAUCACUUUUUCAUCCCUUUCUUUUGCCUCACAUUAAUUUAAUAAAAAAUAUUUACUCAUCACAAUGGUUUUUCCUAGUGCAUGCAGUCACCAUAGCUACGUAAUUCUGUAUGAUAAUUCGAAAAAUAUCUUAAUAAAAGAAGCAUUUGGAUAUACUGUAUUCUGAGUAUAUUGUUCUGAGUUAAGAGGGGGAUGACUGAUAGAUUUAAGAUAAACCGUCCUUUAGUUUUUGUCUUCUCGUUCUUUACAAAUAUAACUACAAAAUAUCCAAGCUUAGCUCGUCCGCCAAGUUAUUCUUUAUUAUAUCCUUUAGAUAUCUCUAUUAAUGACGGGAGUUCGGAGAGUCGCAAUAACUGGUUUGGGGGUCUGUACACCUUUGGGUUUCAGUGUAUCAGAAUUAUGGGCGAAUCUUUUGAAAGGCUCUUGUGGAAUAUCAAAAACGCUUGAUGAAUUUUCUUUUUUGCCUAGUCAGGUUUUUGGGAGCAUCGAUAAUCAAAAAUUGGAAGAACAAAAGUCUUUUGUAGAGUCUGAAGUCUAUAAGUCAUGUGGCUUGGAUAUUUCUAAUGACUGGAGAUCUGUGUCACGUGCUAGUGCUCUAGGUAUUAUUGCAACUUAUGAAGCUUUCAAACAAGUGAAGUGGAAAGCAAACUCAGGUUAUCGAGCAGGUGUUUGCUUUGGAGUGGGGUUGGACGGUCCAAAUGAAGUUAUGAAUACAUCAUCAGGAAUUUUAGCCAAGAAAUACUCUAUUAUUGGGCCUCAUGCUUUAACAAGAACACUCGGUAAUAUCCCAGCUGCCAUAAUAAGUCGAAUUUGGGGACUACGAGGACCAUGUAUGACAGUCAACACCGCAUGCGCUGCUGGCCUACAUUGCAUUGGCGAAGGCUUCCGUAUGAUUCAGAAUAACGAAGCUGAUCUGGUUGUUACUGGUGCAUGUGAAUCUCCUUUGAAUGCCUGGAUAAUCGCUGCUUUUUGUCGACUACGUGCAUUAUGUACACAAUUUAAUGAUAAUCCUGAGAAAGCCUCCCGUCCAUUUGAUUCCUUGCGAAAAGGAUUUGUGUUAUCUGAAGGUGCAGCUACAGUUGUAUUACAGGCAUGGCCUCCUCCAGACAGUUUCUUAAUGGAAUCAUUUAUGAAAACACCAAAACCGAUAGCUGAAGUUAUUGGUUUUGGAAGAUCUGGAGAUGCACAUCAUUUGGUUGCACCUGAUACAACAGGAAAUGGAGUACUUCGAAGUAUGCUAAAUGCCUUCAAAGACUCAAAACUUAAACAUUUCAAUCAAAUUGGACACAUAAAUUGUCAUGCAACAUCCACCCCUGUUGGUGAUUUAACAGAGCUGAGCGCUAUUGCACAAAUGUUUGGUGAAUAUUUUAAUCCUCAAUACCAUACACCUGUUGUAAUCAAUUCAAUUAAAGGUCACCUUGGUCACUGUUUGGCAGCAGCCGGUGCCAUAGAAACCGUGUACGCUGCUUUAUCUGUUAGUCAGAAUCAAAUUUGUGGAAACCUCAACCUGCAUAAUCCUAUCUCAAUUUCUGAGUUGUUGGAGGUUUUAAAAUCUAAUUCCAGUUCUUCAACUAGUAUAUCUUCUAACGAAAAGUGUAUAG